AUGUCUUCUAUGAUUACGACUACGUCGUGGGUCAAGCGCGGUGUCGCUGCCCAAUUUCCCACCAAAUAUGUUAUCGACGAGGCUGAGAUGGGCCGUAUAUCUAAGCUUGCGCGCAUGCAGCUCGAGGAUGCCAAGGAAGAUAUGAGUGCUGCUCAGGACGGCAAGAUGGACGAGCAGGAAGAGGAGGCGCAGGCCGAUGAUACAAUGGAGGAGGACAGCGAAGAGAAGCCCUCGGCUACAGGCACAGACGCAAAGACUGACGAUGAUGUCUUGAAGGAGUUUGAUAUGGACAACUACGACAAGGAGGAAGUCGAUGAUGACGGCGAGAAGGUCACCAUGUUCGGCAACGUACAAUCUUUGGCUUACCACCAGCCCAACGAGGCGGAUCCCUACCUCACCAUGAACGACGAGGACGAUGACGAGGAGCGCGAAGAGCUUCAGAUCAUGCCCGAGGAUAAUCUUCUCAUUGCUGGAAAGGUGGAGGACGAGGUUGCGCAUCUCGAGGUCUAUGUCUACGAAGAUAAGGCAGACAACCUUUACGUGCAUCACGACAUCAUGCUGCCCGGAAUUCCACUGUGCACCGAGUGGCUUGAUAUCCCCGUUGGCAAGAACCCCGAAGGUCGUACACAGGGCAAUUUUGUCGCCGUCGGAACCAUGGAGCCUGAUAUCGAGAUCUGGGAUCUGGACGUCGUGGACUCCAUGUACCCCAAUGCCAUCCUCGGUCAAGGCGGCCAGGAUGCCGAAAAGACCAAGAAGAAGCAGAAGAAGAAGACCAAGGCCAACGAUGAAUACCAUGUCGACGCCGUCCUGGCGCUGGCCGCCAACCGUCAGCACCGCAACCUUCUCGCCUCUGGAUCUGCCGAUAAGACCGUCAAGCUUUGGGAUCUGAACACCGGCACCUGUGCCAAGUCCUACUCUUACCACAAGGAUAAGGUUUGCUCACUAGACUGGCACCCUACCGAGUCCACCAUUCUGCUGAGCGGCAGUUACGACCGUACAGUUGUUGCGGCCGACAUGCGUGCACCCGAUGUCCAAGCCCGCUGGGCCGUCGACGCCGACGUCGAGGCUGUCCGCUGGGAUCCCCACGACCCCAACUUCUUCUACGUCACCACUGAUGCCGGUAUGGUGUACCGCUUCGACAUGCGCAUCGUGCCCGCCACCCCCGCCGAGUCCAAGCCCGUUUGGUCUCUGCAGGCCCACGACUCCUCUGUCUCCUCCUUCGAUAUCAACCGUGCUAUCCCCGGCUUCCUGGUGACUGGCUCAACAGACAAGACCGUCAAGCUGUGGAACGUCGAAGACGAUCGCCCCAGCCUGGUCGUCACCCGCAAGUUGGAAGUCGGCAAGGUGUUCUCCACCUCUUUUGCUCCCGACCAAGAGGUUGGCUUCCGUCUGGCUGUUGCUGGUAGCAAGGGAAGCGUGCAGAUUUGGGAUUCAUCUACCAAUGCCGGUGUCCGCCGUGCGUUUGUUUCUCGCAUUCCUGACUUUGCAAACGAGGUCCAGGAGCGCACUGUUGGAAUCAAUGUUGAUAACGAGGACUCAUCUGAUGACGAGGGUGAGGGCGAGGGAGCUGAGGAGGCUCCUCGUGGUGGUGAUGGCUGGGAGUCUAUGGAUGAGGAUUAA